CUCCUCACCUCAAGCUUUAAGAGCAAUGGAAUCAUAACAUUAGCAGUAGAAAUAUUUAAAAAAAUUGUGAAUAAUUCUUUUUUGUCUCUUCCAUUUUUUUUAAUUAAAUCUCAUAGUUUCUAAGUUCACGGCGGCGCAACCAUUUCUGCCGCCGUAGAUGGCGAAAGGUCGGAAAUUAACUACCAGCCAAAGCGAGCGGUUCUUAGGAACUUACGGCUACUCUCACAACCAAGGCUCCACUGCCGCUGAUCCCUCUGAGCUUCGAGAAGAGGAUAUCUGGUCCACUGGCGGUGAUACCGGUGAACAUGAACAUGACUUGAAUUUCUCUGAUGAGUGGGAGUCGUCAAACACUGACACUGUUGUGAGUAACGGCGGUUCGUCGUAUCGUGACCGGCGUCGGAUUACUCAGAACGGUGGCGAAAACCGUCAAUUAGGUGGUCUGUCGCUUGCGUUUGAAGAUCCGGCGGAUGAUAACUCCGCGACAGCUACGGCGAGGAUCGUGCAUCAGUUCCGUGCGCAUGAGAGUGUGGCGUCGUCGCCACGUGGACGGCACAUGGCGACAUCGCUGCCGGUGAACGUGCCGGACUGGAGUAAGAUACUCCGAGUUGAUUCGGUUGAGUCGCUACACGAUGACAGUCUGGAUGAUGAUGACGAUUUGGGGAUGGUUCCGCCACACGAGUAUUUAGCGCGUAGCCGUAAGACGGCGGCGAAAUCGGUUUUUGAGGGUGUGGGUAGGACUUUGAAAGGCCGUGAUUUGAGCCGGGUUCGUGAUGCUGUGUGGAGUCAGACCGGGUUCGAUGGUUGAUUGUCCGGUUCAGGUGGUUUUUUUUUUUAUUAAAUGGUUCCUUCUCGCUUAGCCUUGUUUGUAAUAUUAGUUAAUUAUUGUUAUUGUUGUUAAUGUUAUUAUGGUUAGUUAAUUAAUCAAAUUCCACUUGUGGUUGUUGGUUAAUACAUUUGUUUAAUUAUGAUAAGUAAGGACUGUAAGGUGGCUUAUGGGCAAUGAUUCGGUUGGUUGGACUUGGGUGAUUAGAGUCCAACUCAGUGGCCAGUGAGCCUAAUUAAGCACAAGCAAGUGCUAAUUAGCAUGUAAUAAUUGAUAACAAAUUGUAAUUUGAAUUGCUGAAUUAUGAUCAAGGUCGUUGUCUCA